AUGGCAGGUCUCGAUCCAUUGGUCAUGGCCUCAUUACCAAAGUUCAUAUACAAUCCAAGUGCCGAGCUUGAUCAUGGUGAAGAAGUCACAGAGUGCUCAGUUUGCUUGAGCACUAUUGUGGAAGAGACCAUGGUUAAGCUUCUACCAAAUUGUACUCACAGGUUUCAUGUAGAGUGCAUUGAUAUGUGGCUUAGCUCAAACACAACUUGCCCCAUAUGCCGAACCCUGGCUGAGCCUCGGGUCAGGCCAGCGGAUGGUAAUUUAUGCAGUGGGGUUCAACCCAUAGUUUCACCCAUAGAAGAUAGUAUGCCACAUGGUAUUGGUACACGAUUAAGCUCUUUUCAGAGGAUGCUUAGUAGGCAGAGUUCGACGAGGAUUCAGAGUUGUAUAGAUGAAGUGGGUGCAGUAGAUCUAGAAAGACAGUAG